AUGAUAUUUGUUAUUCCCACCCAGUUUGUGGGCCUUGGGCUGUUCCAACGCCGCGUCUCAAACUUUGCCUCACAUGUGCAAACCUUCUUCCACCCUGAUGUAGAAUCCUCGUAUAAUCUCCACACCCUCUCCUACGUUCUUACGGUCGAUGGCUUGUUCUUGCUUGCUUUCAUAACGCUUCUCAACGGUGCCAACCCUGAUUCAGGAUUCUCUUACUUAACUGGAAAACUCGGGAUGACCCUCUUCAACGCUGCUGGUUUAGAGCUCACAGAGAAUGCUCUUAUUAGGGAGGUUUUCAAGCUUGAGACCCAAAUUCCCUUUUAUGUUCUCAAGCAGAUCACUGGCGUCAACCACAAAGAAAUUCAAUCAGAUGCUCUACGGGUCUGGCCUUGGGUUCAAACUUGA